CGGGAUGACUCAUCCAGUCCACACGAUGACGAAUAAUCGCUUUUCGAGCGAAAAUACAAAUAAAAAAUCCACAUAUCUCGCUGCAUUUUGGUCUUGAGUGUUUCUCGGAUUUCUUACGUGGGGAAACGUUCUUUGGAGUUUAUUGGUGGAAAAUACCCGGAAAAGAUUAAUCUAGUUUAUCUGUGGCUGAUAGAAAUAUCCGCGGUGGGGCCAGGAGGAAAAAUGUGAACCCUUUUGUGCAUCCCUCGAAUGUAAAGAAAAGAGUUACGUGAUUGAAAAUGAAUCUCAUGUGAGCUUAUUGGAAAAUUUCUGUGAUUUCUUAUUGUUGCAUUGAGGAGGUUUUUCUUGUGUGCAAAAAAUAAAUAAAAUUCGCGAAAGAGCUCCACUCUCACGUACCCCCUCCAUUAAGAUUGUUGGAGUCCAUAAAAUAGCCCAGCCAGACAUUUACCAGCCAAAGACAUGACGUCACAGUACGUUCUUCUAAAGACGAAUUCCUACAUAAUCAGGAUGAAUCGUGAGGAUAAUUUGUGCUGGUUCCACGGACGAGUAUCGCGAGAAAGGGCAGAACAAAUUUUAAGAGAUGAGGGAUACGGAGAUGGGGUUUUCUUGGUGCGUGAGAGUAAUUCAUCGAGUGGAGACUACGUGCUGUCUGUGCUGCACGAAGGGCAGGUGUGUCACUACCAGAUUCGUCGACACGGUGAAGAUGCAUUCUUCUCAAUUGAUGACAACAAGAGAAUUCAUGGAUUGGACUCUCUCAUUGAGCACUACCAGCAAUCAUCGCAUGGACUUGUGACGAAACUCUCAGCCAUUGUAAAGUGUGACCCACCACCGCAUGAUUCACGCUGCCACGGACGCAUGAAUCUCCUCCAUCGUGCCACGAAAGAAGGGAACUACACUGUUGUGUCUGAAUUGCUCAAGUGCGGCUACCGCAAUAUUGAUGCCAAAAAUCAAGAUGGGCAGACGGCUGUUCAUCUUGCCUGCCAAUAUGCCGAUGAGGCAAUCCUACAGAAGAUCAUUGAAUGCGAUGCCAAUAUCAAUUUUCGCGACAUUAAAGGGAAUACUCCCCUUCACUAUGCCUGCCGCACACAACCGGCUUCCAUGAUAAAGCUUCUAAUUGAUGCAAAAGCCAACAUUCAAGCGCGAAACAAUGAGACUGGAUGCGUGCCACUUCACGAUGCUGCGGAACAUGGAAAUUUGGAUGCUAUCAAGGUGCUCCUAGCAGCACAUGCACCCCUACGACCAAGAUCAUCAUCAGGAGAGCUCCCGAUUGAUCUUGCACAGGAGAAGGGGCAUACGCAUGUUGUUGAAUUUCUCAAGAACUACAAAGAACCCACACCGACUACCUUUAGCUACCAAUGGUACCACGGGACGUUGGAUCGUGUUGAAGCUGUUGCGCUAAUUCAGGAAUACGCCCGGAGCUUGUUGCAAGUUAAAUGGGCUGCUGAUAAAAAUCAAGCCGAUGGCAAUGGUGUGGAUGCGAAUGCAAAUGAUGAGAGCAAUCAAAGUGACAUCACAGAUGGAGUCUACCUUCUGCGGUAUACAGCAAAGAACAAGGGAAGUCAAGUAUUGACGCUGCUCUUUGAUAACCAACCUAUGCAUUUUAUGAUUCAGAAGACGACCCACUUCUUGUACAUCGAUGAAGGUCCGUACAUGACGUCCUUGGAACAUUUAGUACAACACUAUACAAAAUUUGACGAUGGUCUUCCGGUAAAUUUGCGCCAUCCAGUCCGACCGAAACCCAAACCUCCGCUACCUCUAACAUCAACAAUGCCAAAAGUGAAACGUCCCAAAGCUCAACUAUCAUCAUCCCUGAGUAGCCCGGAGCAGGCUAAUGAUGACUCCCCCAAGAGUGUUCGGAGUUUCGUACGAAAUCGCAGCGAUAGCGAAGGUAUGGAAGGUGGAUUUACCAUCCUCAAAACCCGAAAUCUCUCCGUCCCAUCGAAUGAUUUUAUAAACAAAGCCGGACUCCUUGGUACAUCCCCCACAUCUCCUGAAAGUAAUUCACCGCAGCAGCGUAAAGGAUCAAAAUCUCCGGAUUUCCGUAGUUUGAAGCAGGCACGUCCAAAGAAAAACAUUUUCAUGGAGGGUCUCAAUAGUUUGCGACGCAGCCGAAAGGGUGGGGCGAAGAAGGAAGAGGAGCAGAAGAGUGUUGAUCAGCAGUUGGAGAUUGAUACAAAUCUCAUGAAGAAUUUAUCCUUUUCAACGGACUUCCUCGUACAAUCACCCACAACUGAUACAGUCUACAAUACACCUACCAACAAUUGUGCCAUUGUUGAUAUUGACAUAGAACGUGAUCACUGUCCAAGGAGUCAGGAGACUGACGAUGCAAGGAAUAGUAAUGUUUCUGCUGCAGAUUCACAGGCACAAUUUGAUUCAAUUGACUACUUCACUGAAAGCGAUGUUGCCACCAUGGAGAACCAGAUGAAAGAUAAAGAUACAGAAGAGAUCUACUUCAUUGAUAAACCAAUAGUGGACAAUAGGCCCGAAAGUAGACCAAUACAGGGUAACAAUGGAAACCUGGUUAACGAAGCAGGUUACAUAGUUAUGCAGAAGAUUCCAAUGUUUAUGGACAUGCCAGCUAAUGCAAACUACGUUCCACCGAAUCCGCCAAAAUUCGAUCGCAUCGAUUCCGUUGUAUCCGAACGAAGUGAGAGCGAAUUUGCUGCUAUACUCCAACAUCAGAUCAGCACGGUUAGCACCUCAUCAAAUACAACUGAAGGCAGCUCACAGAAAACCACAAAGCCCUACUAUUUCAUCCCUGCUUGUGAAUUGAAGCUGGAUACUGUUCUAGGCGAAGGAGAAUUCGGAAGUGUCUACAGGGGUAGUCUUUCCCCGUCAGAGGAGAGUGAGGAAAGAAUCCCCGUUGCCAUUAAGACUCUUCACGAUGAACGUUGCCGAAAGAAUCGUGAGGAAUUCCUACGUGAAGCGAACGUUAUGAUUCAACUUCGUCAUCACUGCAUUGUUAAACUAAUUGGCAUCUCCAAAGGUCCCCCACUGAUGAUGGUACAGGAACUCGUGAGCCUUGGCUCUAUGCUGGACUACCUGCAUCAGCACGGGGAUACCAUCAAUCCUAAUUGCGAACUACGCCUGUGGGCAUCACAAAUUGCCUGUGGGAUGAACUACUUGGAGAAGCAGCACUACGUUCAUCGUGAUCUAGCUGCCAGGAAUAUUCUUCUUGCAUCGAAGAAUCAAGCAAAGAUCUCCGACUUUGGGCUAUCGCGUGCCCUCGCCAUGGACAAUGAUUACUACAAGGCCAGUCAAGGUGGUAAAUGGCCAAUUAAGUGGUAUGCACAGGAAAGCUUCAAUUACGGCACUUUUUCCCACGCGAGUGAUGUUUGGUCAUUUGGGAUUACCCUCUGGGAAAUGUACACCCUCGGAGAGCCACCGUACGGUGACAUGAAAGGAGUUGAUGUCAUCAAGUUGAUCGAAGAAGGUAAACGUCUUCUGAAGCCAACCCUGUGUCCGGACGAUAUCUUCGAACGGAUGGAAAACUGUUGGAACUACAACCCCAAAGACAGACCUACCUUCCGGCAUCUAACUGAAUUCUUUGCCCCAGACUAUGCAAAUUUAACGGAACUGAUCAAAUCUGAGCAAAUCGUCUAAGGAAGCUGCCAAAGCAUAAAAAACUAUUCAAUAUCACGCGCAUUUAAUCAAAGUUGUGUCUACUAAACUGCUGUAGUAGCAAGCAUCCUCCCCAAAAAAAAAUCCUACAUUAGCCCUACAUCAAUCCUACAUCACUCUGAGAGUAAGAAAAUAUCUCAAAAAAAUGGUAGUGUUAGUCAAAAAGAAGAAGAAAAGUUGUGAGCUAUGUUAGUCGAUAUAUUCUGUGUUACUAUUUACCUUAGUUUCUAUUAUAUAGAUAUUGUAGGUUUAUCAAUGGAUAAAUAUGUAAUUAAUUUUAUUUUAGAUUGUAGAACAUUUUAGAGAGAGAGAAAAGUAUUGCUAGUGAGGAAAAUAAUAUCACACAAAGCUAGUUAUUCUCUAUAAAGCUAAUUUUAAUGUACUCUGUUCAAGCUAACUUUGCACUGAAGCCCUACUUUUCAAUAGAAUUUUAUUCAAAUGUCAUCUAAAAACAAAUUCAUCGGUUGAAAUUUGAGUAAAUAAGAAGAAGAAUUCUUAUAAGGAAAAGCCCUCGGAUUGGCUGAUAAAUUCAGUCGAAGGAAGCAAUGCAUUCUCAUUGGCUUGAUCCAUCUACGUCAUCAUUGGUGAAACUUCAGUGCAAAGAUAAAUAGAAGAGAAUACAAAUCAUUGAUUUUUUUUUUGUAAAUUUUUACUUUGUACUCCUUAGGAAGAGUAUGGUUCUCUGUAUAAAUUUGUUGUAAUUUUUAUUUUUAAAAGUGUUAUGAAUUUUGUUAUAAUUUUAAUUUUUUUUUAAUUGACAAAAUAUUCUCUGCCAUAUUGCUAAAUUAAUCGCUAAUACUAUGUGCUAUUCACCCGCCAUGAACAGAAAAUGUUAUAAAAUGAAAAUAAGAAAAAAAAAUUCUCUUCUCUGCAACUUUACAUUCCUAUUGAAAAAAAAACUAAUAAUUUCUCAAGAUAGACUAAAAAACUUUUUAUAAAAAAGAAAUAUUUAUAAAAUCCGUUUUUUUUGUGCUGUAAACUCGAGUUUAUCAUGUGCCUUUUCUUUUCCCGAAAAUAUUCAUUUUGUAAUUUAUAAAUCUUUAUAAAAAAAAAAAGAAGAAAUAUAAUGUUUAAGUAUUGUGUGAUAAGCAAUAUAUUUUAGAAAACAAUUUUCUGUUGAAAAUAAUGAGAUGAAAAAUAAAGGAUUGGAGAAUUUUC